UGGUUAGGGUUGAGGUUAGGGUUAGGUUAUAAAUCACAUUUUAAGAAGAUAAAUUGUAGAUAUAUGCGGGUUUAGCCAUAAUUAGACUUUGUGGCUGUGGUAACUAGUGACGAUCACACACGCACACCUCAGUGGCAAAACGAGGGGACGCGCUAUAGACGGACAGACAGCUAGAAAUGCAGACAAAAUGCAGCGUCUCCGCUCUGUGAGCUGCAUACACCAGAUCCACUGUCCUAAAUCCUCCCAAUAACGCUGUUGUCGUUGCAAAAAAAAAAGAAAGGAAUUUAGGUUUAACAAUCGUCCUUCGCGGCAGACAGCGUUUGGUGACUGGACUAGUGGUGCGUCUUCCGUUCUGUCGCUGCGGCAGAGCGUUCUUCUUCUCUUCAGUCGAGCCAGGGCUGUUGUACAGAAGCCAUCGCUGUAUGAUUCGCCUUGUUCUGCGCUGUUUUUUUCCAGCUUUCUAUCUAUUCGUUCGUGCGGUAAAGAGCUGGUGGUGAAGUCAACGACAACGCUAGUGUGGAUCUAGCAUUACAUCCAUCUCUAUCGCGUCUACGGUCUGCUACACUGCCGUCGCUUUCAGGAUGGCGCUAACGAUUUGCACGAGAUUCACCGAUGAAUUCCAGCUUUUCGAGGAGCUGGGGAAGGGAGCGUUCUCUGUGGUGAAGAGAUGUCUCAGGAUCUCGUCUGGUCAGGAAUUUGCUGCCAAAAUCAUAAACACCAAGAAAUUGUCUGCCAGAGACCACCAGAAGCUUGAGAGAGAGGCCAGGAUUUGCCGUCUGCUGAAACAUCCCAAUAUUGUGAGGCUUCAUGACAGCAUAUCAGAGGAGGGCUUCCACUACCUGCUGUUUGAUCUGGUGACUGGAGGAGAGCUGUUUGAGGACAUCGUAGCCAGGGAGUACUACAGUGAGGCUGACGCCAGUCAUUGCAUACAGCAGAUUGUAGAGAGUGUUCAUCACUGCCAUGUCAAUGGUAUCGUUCACAGGGACCUGAAGCCUGAGAACCUCCUAUUGGCCAGUAAGCUGAAGGGGGCGGCGGUUAAGCUAGCUGACUUUGGGCUCGCCAUCGAGGUGCAGGGCGACCAACAGGCAUGGUUUGGUUUUGCUGGUACACCAGGCUACCUGUCUCCAGAGGUUCUGAGAAAAGACCCAUAUGGGAAGCCUGUGGACAUGUGGGCCUGUGGGGUGAUCCUGUACAUCCUAUUGGUCGGUUACCCUCCCUUCUGGGACGAGGACCAACACAGACUGUACCAGCAGAUCAAGGCUGGGGCCUACGAUUUCCCGUCCCCAGAGUGGGACACAGUGACUCCUGAUGCCAAAGACCUGAUCAAUAAGAUGUUGACCAUCAACCCGGCCAAACGCAUCACCACCGCAGAGGCCCUCAAACACCCCUGGAUCUGUCAACGGUCCACUGUAGCUUCCAUGAUGCACAGACAGGAGACUGUGGAGUGUCUGAAGAAGUUCAACGCCAGGAGAAAACUCAAGGGAGCCAUUUUGACCACUCUGCUGGUAACAAAAAACUUCUCAGCAGUCAAGAGUCUGCUGAACAAGAAGGCUGACGCCGUCAAGGCGAACAACAAAGCCAACACAGUGACCAGUCCUAAAGCCAACACAGUGACCAGUCCUAAAGACACCAGCUUAACCCCAGCACUGGAACCCCAGACCACAGUGAUCCACAACCCAAUAGAUGGGAAGAAGGAGUCUAUAGAGAGCACCAACACCACCAUCGAGGACGAGGAUGUCAAAGUCCUCUGUUUUGGGAACUUGGUGGGUAGUGUGUGGAGCUCUAAGGGUCGUUCAACUCAGUCGUCUGAGCCCAGGCAGACUCCCUCCUCUUCAGGACAGACUCGGAAGCAGGAAAUUAUCAAAGUCACAGAGCAGCUGAUCGAAUCCAUCAACAACGGAGACUUCGAGGCCUACGCGAAGAUCUGUGAUCCUGGUCUGACGUCGUUUGAACCAGAAGCUCUGGGGAACCUUGUAGAGGGACAUGACUUCCAUCGCUUCUACUUCGACAACGCCCUGUCUAAAGGUAGCAAGCCGGUGCACACCAUCCUCCUCAACCCUCACGUCCAUCUGAUAGCGGAGAACGCUGCGUGCAUCGCCUACAUCCGCCUGAGCCAGUACAUGGACGCGGGGGGGAUGCCUCGCACCAUGCAGUCUGAGGAGACCCGCGUCUGGCAUCGCAGAGAGGGAAAGUGGCAGAACAUACACUUCCACCGCUCAGGCUCGCCCAGCGUACCAUCCCAUUAAUGGAAUAUCAAGCUUCAGUCUAAACUCCCAAGACAGGCAACAAUCAACAAGCCAACCCGUGUUCUCCAUUUAACCUCUAACCCCCUGAACCCCUCUGUAUGGACAUGACAUCACACGGGAAAAGGAAAUCAACCCUAAAAGGUCGUCGCCUAGAGUGUGUCCCUAAAUGGCACCCUUUUUCCCUACAUAGGGCCCACGGGCUCUGGUCUAAAGUAGUGCCCUACAUAGGGAAUAGAGCUCUGGUCUAAAGUAGUGCACUAUAUAGGGAAUAGGGUUUUGUUUGGGACUCAACCCCCCCCCCCCCCCCCCCCCUAGAGCAGCCUGCAGCAGACCAUGGCCGUUAUCCACUGGAGCAUAUUACCUGACAUUUGGUUAUCUGGUUUUUAAACUGUUUUUGGUGCAUUUUAAAUGUAUAGAGAUGUUUAAAAAUCUACUGCUGUCACUCCUCCCAUUUUGAACUUGUAUUUGUACGUGUGUUUUAAGUGUUGCAAUACGAAAUAUUUAAAGAUCAGAAUGUUAAAAUCGAGCUUGCUUUUGUUCUGGUGAAAUGUAUAUAUAUCUUGUGAUUGUUGAUAAAAAACAAAUUAAAUAAAAUAAACAUUAAAUUGCUAUAUCAUAGGAGUUUUAAGACUUUUCGUAAAAAUUAUGUAUGUAAGUUUAUGUUUACGUUGAGCACUUGCUAAUGUUUGGUUGAGCUAGUUGCUAAUGUUUGGUUGAGCUAGUUGCUAAUGUUUUGUUGAGCUCGUUGCUAAUGUUUGGUUGAGCUAGGUGCUAAUGUUUGGUUGAGCUAGUUGCUAAUGUUUGGUUGAGCUAGGUGCUAAUGUUUGGUUGAGCUAGUUGCUAAUGUUUUGUUGAGCUCGUUGCUAAUGUUUGGUUGAGCUAGGUGCUAAUGUUUGGUUGAGCUAGUUGCUAAUGUUUUGUUGAGCUAGUUGCUAAUGUUUUGUUGAGCUAGGUGCUAAUGUUUGGUUGAGCUAGUUGCUAAUGUUUUGUUGAGCUAGGUCCUAAUGUUUGGUUGAGCUAGUUGCUAAUGUUUUGAUGAGCUAGGUGCUAAUGUUUUUUUGAGCUAGGUACUAAUGUUUGGUUGAGCUAGGUGCUAAUGUUUGGUUGAGCUAGUUGCUAAUGUUUUGUAGUGCUAGGUGCUAAUGUUUGGUUGAGCUCGUUGCUAAUGUUUUGUUGCGCUAGGUGCUAAUGUUUUGUUGAGCUAGGUGCUAAUGUUUGGUUGAGCUCGUUGCUAAUGUUUGGUUGAGCUCGUUGUUCAUGUUUGAGUUAUUGGGUUUGGACAUUAUGUACCCCUUAUUUAACUCAUAGGAUUGCAAAAUUCCCAGGUUUUCCAGAAAUCCUGGAUGGAAGAGUCCCAGAAUCAGGAGAAAACAAGCAGGAAAUCCGGAACCCUCCAACCAGGAUUCCUGGAAAACCUGGACAUUUUGGGAACAUUACCAGAAUUUUGCAACCCAACGCCCAACCCUGGUCGAAAGUAGUGCACUAUAUAGGGAAUAGGGCCCUGGUCUAAAGUAGUGCACUAUAUGGGGAAUAGGGUGCUAGUUGGGAUGUAACCAGUGAGAUGUGUUUGUUUGCCUUUAUAACAGAUGGCCUCAUUAUGCCAUUAUGAGAAAUAAAGACCACAUUGGUAGGUAUGCAUGGGGGCGGGGUUAACGGGAGUAUGAAUAUAUUAUAAUAAUGAGAAUAUCUUGUUUAUGUGUGAAUCACUGAGAUGUUUGUUGAUAAUGAUGUUGAACAUCGGUCCUGUCUGUCCGUCCUGUUCUCUUCAACCAGUCCUCAUAUCUGUCCUUCCUGUUCUCUUCAACCAGUCCUAUUGUCUGUCCUUCCUGUUCUCUUCAACCAGUCCUAUUGUCUGUCCUUCCUGUUUUCGUCAACCAGUCCUCAUGUCUGUCCUUCCUGUUCUCUUCAACCGGUCCUAUUGUCUAUCCUUCCUGUUGUCUUCAACCAGUCCUCAUGUCUGUCCUUCCUGUUCCCUUCAACCAGUCCUCUUGUCUGUCCUUCCUGUUCUCUUCAACCAGUCCGCUUGUCUGUCCUUCCUGUUGUCUUCAACCAGUCCUCAUGUCCUUAUUUUUAAGGUGUACACAAUAAAGACGCAUUGUGUUCAAGA